AUGAGCUUGGAGCAACAAAUUAAGAGAGAAAUCGAUAUUCAAAAUAAUUUUGUUUGGAAAAUGGAUGUUAAACAAGAGUUGAGUGAUGAUGAUGUAUCUAAGGCCGCAGUUCAAGAUGUGAAUACUAAUAUUAAUAGUAUUAAACAAGAAGUAAAAGACGAAUUCAACAUUGAUCAAUUAUUUGAAGAAUCUAUGGCUGCAGAAAAAACAGGGAGGAACAGUUCUCAUGAGAUUGAUAUACCUAACAUUCAAAACAAAUCUAAAUAUUUUAUAGGGAAUCCAGGAAGGCGAACUAAAUCGAAGGUUUUAGAUGGGGAUACUAAUAUUGAUAGUAUUGAACGAGAAAUGAAUAAUGAACUAAACAUUGCUCAAUUAUUCGGAAAAUCUAUGGUUGCAGAAAAAACUAGAAGGAACAGCUGUCAUAAUGAAAUUAAUAUACCCAAUAUACCAAACAAAUUUAGAUAUUUGAAAGGGAAGACAAGAAGGCAAACUAAAUCAAAAGGUCUCCUUAAAAAUGGACAACACCUAAAUCCACAUAUUAUUGAUGGGAUUAUGAGUUGCAGGUUUUGUGGUAAUUUUUUCACAAAACUAAAAGAAUUUGUUUGUCACUUUUUUAUAAAGCAUUAUAUAAUUAAGAAGAAAUUACACCGGAAAAAUUGUAGAAAGAGGCAAUUAAUUGCCAUUUCCAGAAUUCUUUAUAAAGAUGUUAAAAAUGAAAUUGAAAUAGUAGAACAUGAUUUGAAAGAGGAAAAAGACAUCAGCUUUAUUGAUAAUUUCGAGAUGAGCUUAGAUGAUGGUCAGAAAUUGGGGAAAAGUGAUUCAAAUGGAGAUUUAUUUACUAAAACUAAAGAAAAGCCACUCAAAUGUGAUUGUUGUUCAAAAACGUUUUCAUUGAAAAAUAAUUUGAAUACACAUUUACGUAUUCACACAGGAGAAAAACCAUUCAAAUGUGACAUUUGUUUGAAAACUUUUACAUGGAAAACUAAUCUGAACUCGCAUUUACGUAUUCACACAGGAGAAAAGCCAUUCAAGUGUGACAUGUGUUCAAAAGCUUUUUCACUGAAAAAUAAUUUGAAACGACAUAUGCGAUGCCACACAGGGGAAAAGCCAUUCAAAUGUGACGUUUGUUUGAAAACAUUUUCAUUGAAAAAUAAUUUGGAUACACAUUUACGUAUUCACACUGGGGAAAAACCGUUCAAAUGUGACAUAUGCGCAAAAUCAUUUUCACUGAAAAAUCAUUUGAAACGACAUUCACUUAUCCACAUAGAAAAAAAUUCGUUCAAAUGUUACUUUUGCUUAAAAACUUUUGUAUUAAAAAGUCAUUUGAGUGAACAUUUGCUUUGUCACGCAGGAGAAAAGCCAUUCAAGUGUGACAUUUGUUCGAAAACAUUUUCACAGAAAAAUCAUUUGAUAAUACAUUCGCCUAACCAUACAGGAGAAAAACCAUUCAAAUGUGACAUUUGUUUAAAAAGUUAUACACAGAAAAUUCGUUUGAAGGAACAUAUGCGUUGUCACACAGGAGAAAAACCUUUCGGAUGUGACACCUGUUCAAAAUCUUUCACAUUAAAAUGUUAUUUGAUUGAACAUCUGCGUAGUCACACGGGAGAGAAGCCCUUCAAAUGUGAUAUUUGUUUGAAAGCUUAUACCCAGAAAAGUAGUUUAAAUGAACAUAUUUGGUGUCACACAGAAGAAAAACCUUUCAAAUGCGACCUUUGUUUGAAAGCCUUUACACAAAAAAACCAUUUGAAUGACCAUGUGCGUUGUCACACAGGAGAAAAGCCAUUCAAAUGUGACGUUUGUAUGAAAGCUUUUAGACAGAAAAGUCAUUUGAAACGACAUUGUCGUAGCCACACGGGAGAAAAACCAUAUGAAUGUGAAAUCUGUUUUAAAACUUUUACACGGAAAUUUCAAUUGAAUAAACAUUCGCUUUAUAUGGAUAUUAAACAAGAAUUAAGUGAUAAUGUUGCUGAGGCUGUUAUUCAAAAUAUCAAUAUUAUUAAACAAGAAAUAAAGGACGAAAUAAACACAGUUGGAGAAUCUGUGAUUAAAAUUAAAAUAUCGAGGUACUGCUCUCAUAAGGUUAAUGUACCUAACAUUGGAAAUAAAUUUAAUUAUACUAGAAAACGAAAUAAAUCAAAAGUUGCAGGAUUUCUUAAAAAUGGACAACAUCUAAAUCUAGAUAUUAUUGCUGGGAUUAUGAUCUGUAGAUUUUGUGGAAAUUUAUACACAGAACUAAAAGAAUUCGUUCAUCACUUCUCUACAAAUCAUUGUGUGAAUAAGAGAAAAUUAUAUUUGGAAACUAAGUUAUACAAGAAAAAUCUAUUUUACAGAAGAAGACAAGAAACUGAUACUGUCGUUCCAAGGAUUCGUUAUGAAGAUGUUAAAAAUGAAAUUGAAAUUGUGGAACAUGCUUUGAAAGAAGAAAAAGGCAUCAGCUUUAUUGAUAAUUUUCAGUUGAAUUUAGAUGAUAGUAAAAAAUUGGAGAAAAGUGAAUUAAACGGACGUAUGCCUGUUUACACAAACGAAAAUCGCAUUCUUACUGGAAAAAAGCCAUUCCAAUGUGAAAUUUGUUUAAAAACGUUUACACAGAAAAGUCAUUUAAACGAGCAUUUACGUUGUCACACUGGAGAAAAGCCAUUCAAAUGUAAAAUUUGUUUAAAAACUUUCACACAGAAACAUAGUUUGAUUGCACAUUUGCGCUUGCACACAGGAGAAAAGCCAUUGAAAUGUGACGUUUGUUCGAAAGCUUUUAGGCAAAAAAGUAAUUUUGAUGAACAUAUGCGUAUUCACACUGGAGAAAAGCCUUUCAAAUGUAACAUUUGCUUAAAAACUUUUACGCAGAAACAUAGUUUAAUUGACCAUUUGCGUUGUCACACAGGAGAAAAACUAUUCAAAUGUAACGUUUGUUCAAAAACUUUUAAGCAGAAAACUAAUUUCGGUACACACAUUCGCAUUCACACUGGAGAAAGGCCAUACAAAUGUGACAUUUGUUUGAAAACUUUUACUCAGAAAAGUAAUUUAAACGAACAUUUGCGUUGUCACACAGGAGAAAAACCAUUCAAAUGUAAAAUUUGCUUAAAAACUUUUUCUCAGAAACAUAGUUUGAUUGAACAUUUGCGCUUGCACACUGGAGAAAAGCCGUUCAAAUGUGACGUUUGUUCAAAAACUUUUAGGCAGAAAAGUAAUUUUGGUACACACAUGCGCAUUCACACCAGGGAAAAACCAUUCAAAUGCGAUAUUUGUUCAAAUACUUUUGCACGGAAAUGUAGUUUGAAGCAACAUUUGAAUCGGCACAAAGAAGAACAGCUAUUUAAAUGUGCUACUUGCUUCAAGCAUUUUUCAAAGAAAACUAGUUUGAUUACACAUCUGCUGUCUCACACAGGAUAAAAGCCAUUCGAAUGUUGUAUUUGUGUAAUAGAUAUUUACGAUAAAACUGUCGUAAAGAUUCAUGUUACGAAAUGAGAUGAGAAAUUUGUGUAACAACGAGGCCGUUAGGCCGAGUUUGAUAACUCGUAAUAUGAAUUUGCGAUACGAAUAUAGCAUGAUGUAAAGACUACAAGGUGUGUUCUUCCCGAGGUCUCAUUUUCGACUCGUUCUGCGCAUCUCUCAUGAGCCAAUGAGAAUUCGUUCCCAAAUUGGCGCGAAUUCUCAUUGGCUGCUUCCCAGCUGGUGCGCUAGUCUUUACAUCAUGCGAAUAUAGUACAUUAUUUUACCUACUAUCAAUAAUAUUGAUUAUUUACUCAAAAUUAGUCAAUAUUCCUGAAAAUAAUGAUAUUAGAAUCAUGUAACAAGCAAGCGUAGCGCUCAUUGUUGAUUUAUUUCGCGAACUGUCAAUUUUGACGCGUUUGGUACAAUUGUAUCGACAUGAGUUCCGACUAUGAAAGUGUAGAUUCUGAUAUAGAACUUGCUGCAAAUAACGCAACACAAACCCUAGUACCCGCUAAAUCCCGCAAUAGAUACGAAAAAGAAUAUAAGCGAUUCGAAGACUGGUGCAGUUUUUCCUUUCUCUAUAGUAUUUUUUCCAUAGUAAAGAUAAACUUGCACUUAUUCAAAAUUUUCAAUGUAUAAAUUUGUAAAGAUGAAUGCUGGACUAAAUCUUUAGAUUAUGAUAUCGAAGAAAAAGAAGAAGAAAACUUUCCGUUUAUUUUCAUUUUAUACAUUAGAUUAUAAUUUGCUUGGCUUUAUUGUUAAAAUAAUAUUCGAUUAUAAAUUUCAUGUAAUUCAAACAAAAUGGAUGUGCAACAAAAAGUUGUUAAGAAUGAAAUCGUUAUUGAAAAUAAAAUUUUUUGGAAUAUG